UCUGAAGGUGGGGAAAUGGUCUGUACAAUAUGUCAGGAAGAGUAUUCAGAAGCACCAAAUGAAAUGGUUAUAUGUGAUAAAUGUGGUCAAGGAUAUCAUCAACUGUGUCACACACCAAAUAUUGAUUCCAGCGUGAUUGAUUCAGAUGAUAAAUGGCUCUGUCGACAGUGUGUUUUUGCAACAACAACAAAGAGGGGUGGUGCGCUUAAGAAAGGACCAAAUGCCAAAGCACUGCAAGUCAUGAAACAAACAUUACCAUAUAAUGCAACAGACCUUGAGUGGGAUGCAGGGCAUAAAACCAAUGUCCAGCAGUGUUACUGCUAUUGUGGAGGACCUGGAGACUGGUAUCUAAAGAUGUUGCAGUGCUGCAAGUGUAAGCAGUGGUUUCAUGAGGCGUGUGUGCAGUGCCUCCAAAAGCCAAUGCUUUUUGGUGACAGGUUUUAUACGUUCAUUUGCUCAGUUUGCAGUUCUGGACCAGAAUACCUCAAACGUUUACCCUUGAGAUGGGUAGAUAUAGCACAUCUAUGCCUUUACAACCUAAGUGUUAUUCAUAAGAAGAAAUACUUUGAUUCGGAGCUUGAACUCAUGGCCUACAUUAAUGAAAACUGGGAUAGAUUGCAUCCUGGUGAGCUGGCAGAUACACCAAAAUCUGAAAGAUAUGAGCAUGUACUGGAGGCAUUAAAUGAUUACAAGACCAUGUUUAUGUCUGGAAAAGAAAUAAAGAAAAAGAAACAUUUGUUUGGCUUGAGAAUUCGUGUUCCUCCUGUGCCACCGAAUGCUGCUUUAAAGGCUGAGAAAGAACCAGAAGGAACUUCUCAUGAGUUCAAAAUUAAAGGCAGAAAAUCGUCUAAGCCGUCAAUUCCUGAUGUGAGGGAAUUAAGUAAUGGUAUAGAAAGAAAGGGGAAAAAAAAAUCAGUAGGUCGUCCACCUGGUCCCUAUACAAGAAAAACGAUUCGCAAAACUCCAGAGUCGUCUCCUCUGGAUAAUGAACCACUUCCGGUAAUGGAGAACCCAGCCUUGGAAUUACCCUGCUGUGUUGGGAAAUCUGAUGGAACUGCACAUUCAUCCAAUACCUCAGAUGUGGAAUCCACAGGUGCUGCCAGUAUGAAAGAAACUACCUCAUCUAGUAUUUCCAGACAUUAUAGUUUAUCUGAUUCGAGAAAAAGGACUCGUACAGGAAGAACUUGGCCUGCUGCAAUACCACACUUGAGGAGAAGAGGUCGCUUUCCACGAAAAGCACUCCAGACUCAAAAUUCAGAAAUUGUAAAAGAUGACGAGAACAAGGAAGAUUACCAGUAUGAUGAACUCAAUACAGAGAUACUUAACAACUUAGCAGAUCAGGAGUUACAGCUUAAUCACCUAAAGAACUCAAUUACUAGCUAUUUUGGUGCAGCAGGUAGAAUAGCUUGUGGGGAAAAAUACCGUGUUUUGGCUCGUCGGGUGACACUUGAUGGAAAGGUGCAGUAUCUGGUGGAGUGGGAAGGAGCAACUGCAUCCUGA